CCAAAACUCGUCUGGUGGCAUCUGAAAACUCUUGAAGUACACAUCAUCAUUUUCUCCAGACCUUCCAGCGACUCCCUUCAAGAAGAUGAAGGCUUGAAGAUCUGGUCCACCCAAAAUCAAGAGCUCUCCACAUGGCUGCGCUGGUGCAGAUGAUGUCUUUCUCGGUGGCUUUCGUCUCCACCCUCUUCCUGGUCGCAGCCACUUGGACUGAUUGCUGGAUGGUUAAUGUCGAUGACAGCUUAGAGGUCAGCCACAAGUGCCGUGGGCUUUGGAGGGAGUGCGUCAGCAACUUGAAGGAUGGCAUCAAGACCUGUGACCCGUAUGAUUCCAUUUUAGCAGAACAUCCUCUGAAGAUUGUGGUGACUCGCGCCUUGCUGAUCACAGCAGACAUCCUCUCGGGCUUCGCUUUGGCCCUGCUGGGCUUGGGUCUCGACUGCAUCAAGUUCCUGAAGGACGAGCCACAAAUCAAGCUGAAAAUGCGCUAUUUGUCUGGAUUGGUCCUCGGAGUCGGAAGUAAGUCAUUGGGGAAGCUUGCGCAGCUCCUAUCAAAACCAAACUUCUUCAGGACAAUACUAGAGAUACCAGCUUGGGGCUGA